UAUGAGUUAAUUAGUUUGCUCUUCUUGUUUACUUAAUUUCCCAGAAGAACCUGCCUAUAAGGAGCAUUAUAAGACAGAUUUUCAUAGAUAUAACAUUGCUAGGAAAAUGAUUAACCUAGCCCCAGUCUCAUUUGAAGCAUAUAAAGAAAGUAAAAUAAUACAAUCAAUUAUUAGAAUUUGAUAAAAUUUCAGAGUAAAAGAUUAUUACUCCAAUUCAAUCUUAAACAUAUAAAUGUUGUAAUAAAGAGUUUAAGUCAAGUUAAACUUAUUAAAGUCAUCUUGUUUCAAAAAGCCAUUAAUAAAAUUAAUUAAAAUCCCCUAUUACAACAAAUAGAAGUUAAACAGGAAAUUCUUUAUUAAAUAGUAAUGUAUGCUUAUUUUGUGAUGAAUUAUAUGAUAAUAUUGAAGAUUGUUUAAAACAUAUGAGCAAUCAUGGAUUUUUUAUUCGUGAAUAAAAGCAUUGCAUAAAUAUUGAAGGAUUGUUAAAAGCAUUAUCAGAAUAAAUAAAUAAAAAUAAUACUUGUUUACAUUGUUUCUAAACAUUCAAAAAUAGUCAUGCUGCAAAAGAUCAUAUGUUAGACAAAGGACAUUGUUUUAUGCCUUAAUAAGAAUAUAAGGUUUUAUCAAAAUAUUAUAAUUUUGAAGAAAAAUUAUUAGGAAUAUUGGCAGAAUAAAAGCAAUAACAACUAUAAAUUGAAGCCAAAAAACAACAAUUAUAAUUGAAAUAAGAAUAAAAAGAAGAUGAAAAUGAUAAGAAAAUUCAAAAUUAAAUUGAAGAGGAAGGUGAUUGGGAAGAUGAUGAAGAUAUAGAUAUUGAUUCUGAUGAUAAUGAUGAUGAUGAUGAAGAGGAUUUGAAAUUAAAAUUAAAAUAAACUGAUGAUUUACAAACUGAUGAACAAUUAAGAUAAAAAAGAUUAAAAUAAUUAUUAAAAUAAAUUAGUAAACAUAAAGCUACAUUAACAAAGACUGGUGAAUUAUUAUUACCAGAUGGAAAAUUGUAAUCAUAUUUAAUUUUAAAAUUAGAUUGGGCCAUAGAGAUUAUAGAAAAUAUUAUAAAUAAAAUCAUAUUCCUUUUAAAGUUGAAGAAACUGAAAAAGUAGAACAAUGUAAAAAAUAUAUAUUAUAAUAUAGUGGAUUUAGCUGAUGAAAAAUAAUUAGCAUUAUUAAGUAAUGAACUUAUAGUUGGCCAUUUGAGACAUUUUUAUUAUCAAAAGACUAGAACAUUUGUACAUGGACAAACAAAAAAUGGAUAAAGAAACAACUUAAUUUAAAUGAGAUGGUUAAGAAAAUCUUGUUGA